CGUCGUGCCCUCUGCUCUGGUUCGACCCGGAGUCCCGGACCCAAACUGCCUGGCGUGCUCUUCUCCCAGCCGCCCAGCAACAUCGACUCCCCUCGGCGAACCCAACUCCGGCGGCGGCGCGGCAGGUCGAAGCGAGGCAGGAGGCGGCGCGUCUGAGCAGCCGGCGGCCAGCGGAGGAGGAGGGAUCCAUAAGGUGGCGUCGCGUUAAUUAGUCCGUCGAGCGGCGAACAGACGAAGGCAGCUGGAAGCGGGCUCGGCGGAGCGAUGUCGAAGCGGUUGAUGGAGCGGAUGCUGGGGAUGUUCCGGUCGCGGACGCAGGUGGGCGUCGACAGGGCCGGCAACCACUAUUUCUCCCGCGUCGAGGAGGUCGACGGCGCCAUGAAAGAGAAGCGGUGGAUUGAGUUCAAGGGCGACCGGGACCCGACCACUGUUCCAGUUGAGUGGAUUUGCUGGUUGAAUGGACAAAGAAAGAAAGCUCCAACACCAGAGGAAUUAGCUGAACUGGAGGCAAGGCGUGAACGCGUGAAGCAAAAUGUUGAACUUCUUAAAAAGAAAGAAGAAGAGGAAAGAAGAGCUGGUGUCCGACCAGUCAAGACAAUCGGGAAAACAGAUACUCCAAAUCUGAGAAGUUUUACACAGCAGUUCCCUGGUACAUCUGAAGAUAAAAAGAAAGGACCUGAGAAUGUGUCUAAGCCUAGUGGAGCGAUUGAUGCAGAAGAUGCCACAACAGAUAAUGACAGGUCUUCCGAACCAACUGGAACUGGUGCCAGCUUUAAACCAGGGACUUGGCUGCCACCAUCAUGAAUGCCAACCUAUAAUAGCAGCACAUGAAGGAUCUCUGCUUGAGCAUUUUUCUGCGGCCUACCUGCUGACAACAUCUUUGCUGAUGGAUUCUUCUAAGGCUAUGCUCUCCUUCACCAUUUUGAUUCAAGUAAUGGGAAAUUUUGCAUGUCGUGCAACAAUGUAUGCUUGUCAACCGUUAAAGUUAAGUGAGGUCUCACCCUCACUAAGCAACAUAGGCACCCUCUCUUUUGUUUUUUGCCAAGUUCUUCGGUGCUAGUUUUGAUAGCAAAACUUUGAAAAACAACUAAUCAGACCUUUUUUAUGAAGUUUAGAGGUCUGUUUUUCUUUUGCACGAUGUAGCAGCUGAAAUUGGUUUAUUGCGCAUAAAUAAGCAUGAUGUGAGUUUCAUACA